CUCCCACAGAAAAUACAUCGCUUUAUAAGAACCAAAAUUGAGCCCUUGUUAUUACAAGCACAGCAUGCCGUCAAACUCUAGUUCGAAUGAAACCGUAGAGAGGGAGAUAAGAAACUUGAUCCAGGGCACAGAGCUUGGUAAAAAUGAAACGGCCGCUAAUACUGCCAAUAUUGCAGCGAGUAGCAUGAUUAGCAAAGAAAACCCGAAUGCAGGAACGGAGGAUAUGUGCAUCAAGCUGUACUUGAAGAAUGGUAUGUAUACAUGUACGAACAUUUCCAUCAUAAAAUCGCAUGGUAAAGCAUUUCCCAAGGCAUUGGGUGAACAGCUGAUAAGAGAACUAUUGUCAACACAUGCUGUCGAAGAAUAUGUUGAGAGAGAUGGAAAAGUUGUUUUAAAUAGGAAGGGAAGCCCAGGAAACUGGGGAUCAUUCUCCGACAUUAUGGUUAGUGACAUGCCAAUUUCUAAAUUUGGUUGCAUAGUUCUGACCAAGAAUAACGUUGAUUUCCGGUUUUAUGACAAUAUGAAUAAUAUGAUUAGCAGGGCAGUAUAUGUUGAUGAUGAUAUAUUUUCUAUGACUUAUACAAUUAUAUCAAAGGAAAGCAUCAGAGAGGUGAUUUAUACCAAUAGCGAGCUGGAAAGACCGUUAGUCACGAUGGGGGUAAAGGCGAUACGAGUGAGUGGAAAGGAUUUAAAUCUGGUCCGAUAUCUGAACUUAGCAGAGGUAAAAGAAGUUAAUUAUAGCAAUUCUAAUCUAAACCUUGAUAAUAACCUGUAUGAAGAAUUAAAUUUAAAUGAAAUGCUUAAGCUAUUCGAUUUUAGGACUACACAGGGCCGAAGAUACUUUUCUACAAACAUUCGAGGACCAUCACGGGAUAUAUGUGAAAUACAGCGACGGCAGCAAGUCUUAUUUUUCUUCAGAAACAACAACAUAAAUCGAGAAUUUCCUGAUUUGCUAAGAAUUGUCAAAAAAAUUGAAAGAGGAAAAAUAUCGGUCGGUGAAAUAAUUGCCUUGUGCCAGGUUUUAGAAAAAAAGGACAGUCUUCUGAGAGACCUUGUAAACACAGCAAAGAAAUGUGCUGAACGAAAUAUUGAUAUUAUCAAGGAAGAUAUUAUCUAUCCGCUCCAAAUGCUUGAUUUCACAUUUGCAACAAAAGAGAUACGAGAAAAGAUAGAUUUUGCAUCAGAGAAAGUUAAAUGCUUCAACGAUACGAUGAAUGAACUGCAGUUAAAGGGAGAAGAAAUCAUUAAAAGCAAGAAGGACGAAGUACAGAGGAUAUCGGGCAUUCUGAAGAAUAAUUUUAAGGAGGAAAAUUUCUGUAUUAAGAUACGCAGAGGGGAUUACAGCGAAAAUAUGUUUAGGAAAAACAAUUUUUUAGAAAAAAGUGUUCUGAAAAGCGGCGUAAUUUUUCAGACACGAACACUUAAUAACCUUGAAAGAGAAUUUGAGUGUUUGAGAGACCUUGAAAGAAAGGAAGAAAAAAUUGUGAUAAACAACCUAAUCGUAUUAUUGAAGGACAGUUUGAACUCUUUGAGCGCAUUCAACACAUUGAUAGCACUCGUAGACUACUAUUGUGGGCUUAGUGAUAAGCUGAAUGACGAAGAAUGGUGUGUGCCUUGUGUGUAUGACGGAGAGAGCAACGAGACAAAGGCAAACUCUCAUAGGUUCAUGGCACAGGAUGCAUUCCAUCCCCUGGUGAAUAACUGCAUUAAGAACGAUAUAAGCGUUAGCUUUACGAUAUUAACUGGGCCAAACACAGCAGGAAAAAGUACAUUUCUUAAAACGAUCGCUUUAACUGUGAUUCUUGGCCAGAUGGGCAGUCUGGUACCGGCAAGGAAUGUAAAAUUUGAGCUGCGUGACGGGAUAUACAUCAGAUCGGGAGCAUCUGAUAGAUAUGGUAUUUCGACAUUCAUGAGAGAAAUGAAAGACAUGGCAAGGAUAACAAAUAUGUGCACACAGAAGAGUUUGAUUUUGAUCGACGAGCUGGGACGAGGAACAUCUUAUAUAGAUGGGAUAAGUCUAAGCAUAGCAAUCAAAGAAUACUUACAGACGAAAAAUGCCUUAGCCGUGUUUGCAACACACUUCACUGGAAAAAACGAGAAAAUGUUCCUUGAGGGGCAGAACAUAGAAUUACUUUGUUCGGAGGUUGUGGACGGUAUUAUUACGUAUAAAAUUAGGAGUGGUAUAGCGGAUUCUUUGGGCAUAGAGGUUGCUAAAAAGGUAGGAUUCCCUCAAGAGGUGAUUGCUACAGCUGAAAGGUAUCUUAAUGAAUAAAAUAAUAUCAAAGUUCUAUCCA